UCUCCCUGGGACGCGCGCGGGCGGCGCGGCGCGCGGGAGCCGGGCGGGCAGCCAUGGCGUGGCGGGCGGGGAGGUAGCCGGGCGGGCCGCGGGGAGCGCAGGGGCCGCCAUGGCCCGGCGGCGGCGCCGCGCCUGCAUCGCGCUGUUCCUGGUGCUGCUCUUCGCCUUCGGCACCCUCAUGGGCCUGCGCACGCUCAAGGCUCCGGACGGACUGCCGGCGCUGGGCCCCGGCCUGGAGCUGGCGCCCUUUGAGCGACGCCCGGAGGGAGCCCCCGCGCCCGCCGCCCGGGCCCCGGCCGCCCCCGCCGCGCCGCCCCCGCCGCCGCCGCCGCCCCGCACCGCUGGCCCGGGCAGUCCCCCGGGCCCGGCCCCCGCGGAGGCCGAGCCCGCCCCCGGGCAGAGUCUGCGCGUCUACUCGGACCUGCACGCCUUCUACUACUCGUGGUACGGGAGCCCGCGGCGUGAGGGCCACUACAUUCACUGGGACCACGUCAUGGUGCCGCACUGGGACCCCAAGAUCUCGGCCAGCUAUCCCCGCGGCCGCCAUAGUCCCCCAGACGACUUGGGCUCCAGCUUCUACCCGGAGCUGGGGCCCUACAGCUCCCGGGACCCCGAGGUGCUGCGGGAGCACAUGACCCAGCUCAAGGAAGCCGCCAUCGGCGUCCUGGUCUUGUCCUGGUACCCACCUGGUAUGGCUGAUGAUAACGGGGAACCCUCAGAUGACCUGGUACCCGCCAUUCUCGACACCGCCCAUCAGUACAACAUCCAGGUGGCCUUCCAUAUCCAACCCUACAAGGGCCGGGAUGACAUCACUCUGCAUGACAACAUCAAGUACAUCAUUGACACGUAUGGCUCCCAUGGUGCGUUUUACCGCUUUAAGAACAGCAUGGGUAAGAGCCUUCCACUCUUUUAUAUCUAUGACUCCUACCUGACAUCCCCUGAGGCCUGGGCCCACCUCCUGACUCCCAACGGGCCCCACUCCGUCCGCAACACCCCUUAUGAUGGGGUCUUCAUCGCGCUGCUGGUGGAAGAGGGCCACACCCACGACAUCCUGGCAGCCGGGUUUGACGGCAUGUACACCUACUUCGCCUCCAACGGUUUCUCCUUCGGCUCCUCCCAUCAGAACUGGAAGGCUGUGAAGAGCUUUUGUGAUGCCAACAACCUCAUGUUCAUCCCCAGCGUGGGGCCUGGCUACAUUGACACCAGCAUCCGGCCCUGGAACAACCACAAUACUCGGAACAGGGUCAAUGGCAAGUACUACGAGACAGCCCUGCAGGCAGCCCUGACCGUGAGGCCCGAGAUUGUCUCCAUCACGUCUUUCAAUGAGUGGCACGAGGGCACCCAGAUCGAGAAGGCCAUCCCGAAGAAGACGCCAACACGUCUGUACCUGGACUACCUGCCUCACCAGCCCAGCCUGUACCUGGAGCUGACUCGCCGCUGGGCAGAGCACUUCAUCAAAGAGAAGGAGCAGUGGCUGAUGUGAGGAGCCUGGCCACGAGGUGCCGAUGUCCUGGCCUCCCCGGAAGGUGUCACCGUGUGGGGCUCAGCUGUGGUGGGAGACACUCGCUGGCCUCCCAAGUUAGCAGCGGGGCGCCUCUGGGUGGCCCAUUGAGCCUGGGCCAGUGGGGACCGGAGCUUCCUCCUCAGGCAUGUGGCACUGGGGUGCUUUGUAAGGAUGGGAAGUAAGGCGGGGCUCCCAAGAGGGACCCAGAGAGGCUGGCAGGUGACUGGACUCAGCCCAGGGCCAUUCCACAACCUGGAGAAACACUUUAGAAUUAUCCCUUUGAGCUUGGAACUCAGCAGGUUGGUGGCGCAUAGCAGUCCCCAGGUCACUGCUGUCAGGAGGGUUCAAGGCUCUGGGCAAGCAGGUGCCCUGCUUCCUCUCUGGCCUUCCCGUAGCAUCUGUCUUCUCCAAGUGAGGGAACCAUAUCUGAGACUUCCCAAAAUGGGAAUUUUAGGUUGAAGCCCCACAGUAGACCCCUGAACACAACAAUCAGGAAAUAACCCUGAGCAUUUGUACAUUCAUCCAACACAUACUAAUGGAGCACCUACUAUGUGCUAGGCACUGUGGAGAGACUUCAUACGGGAAGGUUCUUUUCUUCCAGAAGCUUACAGGAUCCAGCUUUCCUUAUUUGGCGUGGCCUUGUAGCUAGUACCUGAGCAGUUUUUCUUUUUUUGCCGUUUUCUCCAGUGCUGGGAGUUCAGUUUUUUCCUCCUCUAAGAAGAUACCUCUGUGCCCCCGAGCCCAGAUUUCCCCAGAUGACCAUCUAGCUCCAGGGAGAGGACCAGGACAUCCUCCCUCCCUCCGGCUGCCUAAACCGAAUGAGACCCACUCGGUGGGGCCAUUUUCAGUGCUACUGUGAUUUGUAGUAAUUAAAUAUAACAUGAUCUUCUCAA